AUAACAAGCAAGCAACGACGGGUUUUAUUCUGUUCAGCGCGGCUAUAGAACAUUUUUGACUGUGUUAAUUACAACCCAAUUACAAUGUCUAUCUCUCUGGACGAUCUCGAAUCUAUCUUGCAGCAGCAGCAAGUUCAGAAUGAAGCAGCUCAACUAAAAUUAAUCGAAGCCCUCACUCAGAAGCUGUCCAUUCAAGUUCCAUCAAUAUCUUAUUCAGACAAAUAUGAAAGCAUCUCAAAUUCCAUCAGUGAGUUCAACUACGAUCCAAUAUCUGGUCUUGUAUUUGAUGCAUGGUUCAAUCGUUAUGAAGACGUUUUCCGUAUUAAAUGCUACAUAUUUGAUGAUGCUGCCAAAGUCCGAUUGUUACUAAGAAAACUUGGAACUGUUGAGCACAACAGAUAUGUUAACUUCAUUCUGCCUAAGAACCCACG